GGUGGGACUGUGGUGAAUGGGCAGUUCUAUGUUUCCAAAUGGGAGGGGUGCGGAAAGCGUACUUUAAGUAGUUGUGCGUUUCUAAUCCAGGAUCCCCGCCCCCCUGCAGAAUUGAUCCUGUCCGUCACUGAAGUAGACCGGGAUUCCGCCGAAGGGAUCAGGUGACGCGUGUUGCUUUAUUUGGAGCUGCAGUUGUGAUUGGAGCAGCAAUGUUUGUGCAGUGAGUUUGCAGCGAGGGCGUGGACUUGGGGGUCUGUAUAGGUUGAGUGACACGCAGGAGGCUGGUGCUUCUUCUGGAUCUGUCAUGACGCGUUCUGGUUAGGGGCAGGGCAGGAGGAAACACAACGCAGACAGGACUGGGGGAAAGCGGAGCUGUGCUGGUAGGGAGAAUCGCCAUGUGUCUGUGGCAAGUUGUGCUUCCCCUCAGUGUUGCUACUGCUGCUGUCACACGCACCUUGUCUGAAAGCCACUUCUGUGCCUUUAUUGUGAACUAAAUGGAACCGCCUAAUUCAAGUGUCUCAGCCUGGGCUUGAAGGAGCUUCCAGUGCCAGCAGUGUAUUACUGAUCCCUACAAGCAGAGUCUCUUCCUGGGCACACGUUACAGGGGCUGCAAUUCACACACUUUUUAUAAUCAAGGGAAGACUUGCAAUUUCUUUUUAAAGGCAAAUAAGUAGUCAUGGAGCGAAAAAGUUCAGCAGCCCUGUGCCACCCUCUGUUGGAAGCAAACACUGUGCCAGCCAUGGCUCCCAAGGAGGAGAAAGGGUUUGGCCUGUGGUACAUUGGCUGGUCUUCCCUAGACCGUCGGACAACCUUGCCAAUGCUUCCUUGGCUUGUGGCUGAGAUCCGCAGAAGGGCAGAAAAGCAAGACCCUCCAGGAUGUGCUGCGCCUUGUAGAGAAGUCAAUCUCAUGCUGGUUACCCCUCACCUCCGCUGUGUGCCAGCGCUCAAUGGUGCCAAUACCAACAGUGCCGUCUUCAUCUUUGAGCACAAAGCACAGCAUAUAUCCCGCUUUAUCCACAAUAGCCGGGAUCCUUCUUAUUUUGCCUACCUGAUUAAGACUCAGCCUGACAACCCGGAAUCUGAAACGGCAUGCCAUGUUUUCAAGGCCAGUAGCCCAAGACAGGUUUCUGAUAUCAUCAGCAGCAUACGCCAAAUCUCUAAAGUCACUCUGAAAGAAGAUUCUAAGCCCUGCAGAGACAGUGAAGAUGCCUUUUAUAAUUCACAAAAGUAUGAAGUGUUAUACUGUGGGAAAGUAGUUAUUGCAAAUAAAAAGGCACCAUCUACCCUUGUGGAUGACUGCAUUGAGAAAUUCAGCCAACAUGAACGCCAGCGUCUAAAGUCACUGACCGAACAGCAGAGCUCAGAAUCCAGCACUGAUUUUUCUUUAGCUGAAAUUGAUGUCCCAGGUUCCCCUUCUGAUAUGUUUCUAGAGCAGGACUCUGAGAAUAAUAUCAUCCCUUCUUCUGGGCAUCAUUCAGGGAUUUUUACAGUCGGUAGUCAGAGCAAUCUGCUUGGUUCAAGAGUAACAUUUCCUGAGAGGAUUUUAGAAGAUUCUGGCUUUGAAGACCAGCAAGAGUUUAGAACUCGGUGCAGUAGUGUUACAAUUCAAAAAAGAGUCCAAGAUAAAAUACAGCCAAGAAGAAGGCAUGCAAGUGCACCAAGCCAUGUCCAACCCUCAGAUUCUGAGAAGAACAGAACAAUGCUUUUUCAGGUUGGCCGUUUUGAAAUCAAUCUCAUAAGCCCUGAUACUAAAACUGUGGAGCUUGAGAAGAAUUUCAAAGAUAUAUCAUCAUGUUCUCAGGGUAUUAAACACAUUGAUCAUUUUGGUUUGGUCUGCCGUGAAUGUGUGGAGCCUGGGAUAAAUCAGUACAUUUGUUAUGUUUUUCAAUGUGCAUCUGAAGCAUUGGUGGAGGAAGUCAUGCUAACUUUAAAACAGGCAUUCAGCACUGCGGCGGCCUUACAGAGUGCAAAGACCCAGAUCAAGCUAUGUGAAGCAUGUCCUAUGCAUGCCUUGCACAAACUCUGUGAACGUAUAGAAGGCCUUUACCCACCAAGGGCAAAGCUUGUAAUACAAAAGCAGCUAUCUUUGCUGACUGAUAAUGAACAAGCGGAUAUCUUUGAACGUGUUCAGAAAAUGAAAGCCACUGGUGACCAAGAAGAAAAUGAGCUUGUGAUUUUGCAUCUGAGGCAGCUAUGUGAGACAAAGCAAAAGACCCAUGUUCAUAUAGGAGACGUACAGCCGAAUCUUCCAUGCAACACAAUUCCAGAAAACACAGCUCAGAGUGGCAGAUUUAAACUAGAUAUUCUGAAGAACAAGGCCAAGAAAUCCUUGACCAGCUCUUUGGAAAAUAUCUUUUCAAGGGGAACAAAUAAAAUGAGAGGACGACUGGGCAGUAUGGACAGUUUCGAACGUUGUAACAGUUUUACUUCUGACAAGGACGGAUCCCCGGGGGACUCACCUCCUGCCACACCACCAUCUUCCCCUGUGUCAUCCUCCUUCCCGCCGUUUCCAGAGGAAGAUCCCGACUCACCUAAGCUUCGCAGAAGAGCUCACACUUUCAGCCAUCCCACAUCCAGUGGCAAGCGGAGGAUAACUUUUCCUGACAGUAAAUCACCGAGUGCCAGGUUCCCCCUCCAGAGGCAGAAUUCCUUAGCAAAUGAUGUGGGACAAAGCAGCCCAGUUCCUAUUGCCCGGCGAUUUCGCACUGAGAGUGAGUCCUCGUCCUCCAGUCUCCCCUCAUCCUUCUCUGCCCCUUCUUUCCUGAAAAAUUUUUACCAGAAUUCAGGGAGACUUGCCCCACAAUCUGAGAAUGACACCCUCAAGAGUGAAUGCGAAGGACGAAGGAGAACAUACUCUUCAUGUAGUAAUGACUCAAUAAAUGUUAGUGGGACCUGUCUCACACCACAUCGAAUAUCGUGGCGGCAGCGGAUUUUCCUCAAGGUAGCAUCCCCAAUGACCAACUCUCCAUCGGAUAUGCAGCAUAAAGGUCAGCUUGAUGUGAACGAUCUGCUGCCAUUAUCUCCUCUUCCACCCGCAAUGGAAGAGGACCCUCUAGCUUCUCUCCUUCAGGCAGAGGACCCAGUAGUAGAAACAGAUGGAAGGAGACGUUCUGAAGAUCUUCAGAAUCUGUGGAAGAAAGCAAUCCACCAGCAGAUACUGUUAUUACGAAUGGAAAAGGAAAAUCUGAAGCUUGAAGCAAGCAGAGAUGAACUGAAAUCCCGGAAAGUCAAACUGGAUUAUGAUGAAGUUGGAUCAUGCCAAAAAGAAGUCUCAAAUCUUUGGGAUAAGAAGUUGAACUGCAGAACAAAGAUUCGGUUUGACAUGGAAGAGAUUUUUGCCACUCUUAAAGAAGGUGUAACAAAAGGCAAACGUGGAGAGAUAUGGCAGUUCCUUUCUGUGCAGUAUCGGCUCAGACAUCGGCUCCCAAGUAAACAGCAACCAUCUGAUGUAUCAUAUAAUGAUCUUCUCAAACAACUUACAGCUCAGCAACAUGCUAUUCUUGUGGAUUUGGGAAGGACAUUCCCCACCCAUCCCUACUUCUCUGCCCAGCUGGGAGCAGGACAGUUAUCCCUAUAUAAUCUGCUCAAAGCAUACUCAUUAUUAGACAAAGAAGUUGGUUACUGCCAGGGAAUAAGCUUUGUGGCUGGUGUACUUCUUCUGCACAUGAGUGAACAGCAAGCUUUUGAAAUGCUGAAAUUCCUUAUGUAUGAUCUCGGCUUCCGCAAGCAGUACCGCCCAGAUAUGAUGUCACUACAGAUUCAGAUGUACCAGCUUUCCCGGCUUCUCCAUGACUAUCAACGAGAUCUUUAUAACCACUUUGAGGAGAAUGAAAUCGCCCCAAGCCUCUAUGCAGCCCCUUGGUUUCUCACACUUUUCGCCUCACAAUUUCCUUUAGGUUUUGUUGCCAGAGUUUUUGAUAUAAUUUUUUUACAAGGAACUGAAGUCAUCUUCAAAGUGGCACUUUGUCUGCUCAGUAAUAAUGAAGCACUUAUAAUGGCCCGGGACAGCUUUGAAAGUAUUGUGGAUUUCUUGAAGAGUACCAUACCAGAAAUGACAAAUGAAUCCAUGGAAAAACUUAUUACACAGGUAUUUGAGAUGGACAUUUCAAAGCAACUCCAUGCUUACGAGGUUGAGUACCAUGUCAUUAAUGAUGAGAUGCUCGAGGCUUCCCUUCCUUGUGAUGACAACGAAUCCUUCCACAAGAUGGAAAAAUCCAAUAAUCAGCUUAAGAGACAGAACAUGGAUUUACUGGAAAAACUUCAGGUAGCACAUACUAAAACUCAGAGCUUGGAAUCCAAUGUGGAAAAUAUUUUGUCCAGAGAGAAUAAACUGAGAAAUCUAGUCCGCUCGAUGGAAGAAGAAAGAGCAGCUUAUCAAAAUGUGUUUGAGCUCAUGAAAAAAUAUGUGCCGACUAACGUUCUGACAGACUGUGACGUUUUGUUGAAAAAUGCCUUGUGUAGUCCUAACAACAGGACCAAGCCAGGAAACAAGCAAUAAGCUCAGGCUGUUUGGGCUGGCAGCUAAUAUGUGUCUUACCAACUACAAGGUGCAAGAUAAAAUGUGCUUGGAAGGAGGCAAAUGCAUAAAGCUUGUAGUGCCUUGUGCUCUUACUAAGCGGUGGAGCUUGGGCUGCAGCAUUACAAUAAGACUGAAGUAAACACUAUUGUCAUGAUCGGCAGUAAGGAGGAGAAUGGCCGCUACUUUAAUAUGCAAAAUCCAUGUUUUCACAAAGAUCUUAUUGCACAUCAGGCCAAAAAGAUGAAUGAAAUUAGAUUUUUAUCCAGGAUAUGUAGCUAAAAAGUCACUGGAGUCCAUGUGUGAAAAACAUCUACUUUUUCAAGCAAUGUCAUCUUUGUAGAAAAAAAAAAAAAAAAAUAUAUAUAUAUAUAUAUAUAUAUAUAUAUACAUGUAUUCAAAAAUACUUGAAAAAAAACCAUGAAUGUAAUUAUCUAAAGAACAGCAUGUGUCACAUUGCUGGUAUGACAUUUGUAUACAUUGUUCAUGUGCCUGUCAUUGUAUCUAAUGUCAUUCUGCUGAUUUUGGGUUUUAACAUGAUCACUACACAGGGCUCAUUUACUAAAGUAGGUCUUAAGUUGCACAAGCACUGUUCCUUACAGCAACCAAUCAGCAAUUAGCUUUGCCAUUAACUGCUAGUUGCAAUGAAAGCAAAGAGCUUAUUGGUGCAAUUUAGCACUUGUGUUUAUUAAUCAGCCUUAUUGUUCCUUACAUAGGUAAAUGUGGGUAACAAAUAGAAACCCCCGAAGAAUAGAAAAGUGUAUUUGUCGCGUGAACAUGUGAAAAGAGAACCUACUUGACAUCACUGUGCCACACUGUAUAUAUGUCUUGUGUGUGUGUGUAUAUGUAUGUAUAUAUAUAUAUAUAUAUAUAUAUAUAUAUAUAUAUAUAUAUAUAUAUAUAUAUACACACAAACACAUAUAUGGCUUGUAAUUCUGUACCUGAUUUUCUUUUUUUGUCUGACUACCCAUAAUGCAUUGUUCAUUGUGGGCAUUAUGCUAGCAAAACCCCAAUUAAUAAAACAUGGAGGAUCAGUGAAAGGGGGGACUGGGUUAUUCAUGGUGUUGCCCAGCAGUAGAACAUACCAUAGUAUAUUGAUUGGCAGUCAGGACAUUAUCAAAAAAUAGGCUAAUCACAAGAAUGGAGGGAAAAGUUUUACACAAGGUUUGCUCAACAAUUCUUGCAAACAUUUGCUCCAUUUAUAUUUACAUUGCCUAUAUUUUGGAAUUUUACUGCAUUCCCCCAUAUGCCAUAGCCUUUCAUUUUGGCUUGAUGUCCCUGAAACCAUUUUCCUCCCAACAAUAUCAGCAGGGAAGUGACAUUCUGCCAACAAUGUAGUACAGGCAUGG